AUGUCCCUUCCUGCGAAGAACCAACCACAACCCCGAGACUCCUUUCUCGACAUUGCAUCAAAUCUUCGGAACGUUUCGAAAUCGGUGAACAUGCCCGGCGGAAAGCAUGCUCUACAGGAUCGCAGCGUGAACAUUGUUCCCCCCGCCGUCCAGAAGCGUGAUGGCGACAAGUCUGCGGCGGGCAAGAAACGCAGCAGCGAUAGCAACGAGGAUCAUAUCGAGUGGGAUGGUGUGAACUGGAACACUGAGAACCCUAACAAAAAGGCCAAGCGAACCGCUUCAACCACCACCGCGACGACGACAGGACCCGCGCAGAAGAACAACGGCGCGAGCUCAAAGCCCAAACAAGCCGCCGCCGGCAAAGCCAACAACAAGGACAUCGAUAUUUCCUCAAUCCACCUCGACGGCGAAGACGAGGAAGCCGUCCCCGUGUACGACACGUGCGACGACAUCCGCACCAAGAUCAAUCGCUUCCUCCGCGAGACGCCCUCGGCCAGCAACGCGGGCUUCGUGCGCACCAUCAACGCGGCCGUCCAGAGCCCCACGACCAAAACCGCCACAGCAGCCCAGCUGUCCGCGUUUUUGAAGAGAAAGGGCCCCACGGGCGGCGCCGAAUCCCCAGUCUUCUACAACAGCUACAUCUUCUUCGAGAAGCUCCGGAUCCAGCGCGGCAAGCCAAAGACCAAGAAGAGGCAGGAGAUGGAGACUGUGUGGGGGGCUGACGGUAUGGAGCUGGGUGAUAUGGGCAAGCGUCGCUUCUUUUGCCACAAGGAUUCGAGGCCGGUCAUCAAUCAAUACGGCGUGCUGAGCUUUGACGGGGGACGGGCUCGAAGGUGA